CUCUGGUAUUACUUGAGACUUGGUCUAAUAUUUCAAAAACUUUCAUGGUAUUUUGUGAUGGAGCUCUAGCAAGAGGCCCACCAUUGAUGCUGAUGUGAUCGGCAUAGCCACAUGUCAUUUUAAACGAGAAGACAUAUGUUACAGCUUUUUAUGUGUAUAUGUAUAUAAAGAAAGCUUUUGACAUCCGAAAGGACCAGUCUGUGACUCUCUGUCAAGGACAAGUUCUAUGCUAGAAAAUGGACGAUAAUGUUGGAGCUAAUGAUCCAUAUGAAGAUAAUAACAACAUCAAAGAGCAAGAGCGGUUGCUUCCAAUAGCCAACGUUGGCAGGAUCAUGAAGCAAAGUUUGCCAUCAAAUGCAAAAAUCUCAAAGGAAGCCAAGGAAACUAUGCAAGAAUGUGUGUCUGAGUUCAUUAGCUUUGUCACCAGUGAGGCAUCUGAGAAGUGCAGAAAGGAAAGGCGGAAGACUCUGAAUGGAGAUGAUGUUUGCUGGGCACUGGAAGCACUAGGUUUCGAUGACUAUUCCGGGCCAAUAAGAAGGUAUUUGCACAGAUAUAGAGAACUAGAAGUAGAAAGAGCUAACCAAGACAGGGUUAGAGACAAUGAAAGAGAAGCAUGAAUACCAUUUUCAUAUAGAAAUUGCUGUCCUAACCAAGCAAUCAUGCUCUCGCUUAGCUCCUACUCCAAGAAAGUCAAUGUGAUUGAAAGGAGUAUAAUAGCUUCAGCUCAAAGCCUUUUUAAGGCUUAAAGGAUCACUAGAAAGCACUAUGAUUUAAAUUUAUAAUCUUUAUUUGUUAAUGAAGAAGAUUAUGGUUUAUGGAUUCUUACCUUUAAUUUUUUA